AUCUGUCAUUCCUGUCACUCCCCUUCUGUCACAGCAUCAGUUUUUUUAGGUUAUCUACUUGGUUAUCUCAAAGUUCCACACAAACACAACCAUGUAACAAUAAUAAACCACUUCAUUCCGUUAAAAUCGCCAUUUUCCAACCACUCAUUUAAGUAUUUUCGCCGCAAUGGAAGUAAACCCUCUGAGUAUUAUUUUAGUAAAGUCCGACAGCAAAGGCGACCGCCUUCUCUUCCGUUACCCCUUUUAUUUCUUAGAGAAAAGCGAACCCGCUAACACGAAACGCCGCAACCCUUACACGCUACCCAACCUAGAAGACCUUCUGCAGUCGCCGACACAACCACUGUCCAACAUAAACAAAGGACACCUCACUGGCUUCACCGACGAAGUGCUUUCCUCUCUCUUUGCGGUCAAAUCGGAACUGUGCAAUAAGAAAUUUGAAUUGAAAGUGAACGAUGUCCGGUUCGUGGGACACCCGACGUUGCUACAACUGAGGAAUAAGCAGCAAGACGCCUCUGGUUUGAUGUUGAUUAACGUAGUUUUUGCUUUACAAGCACUGGCUAGUCAUUCAGUCGUUACUUGUUACCAUGACUUGAGCAAACGCAUUGGAAUUGCGUUACGGUACGAAGAAAAACGCUGCGGUUAUAUUAGUGAACAAACGCAGACCAUGACGACGGCGCAUGACGACGGCUUCGUCAACAAUCCAGACGCCGCCUUUCAAAUUAUUCUAAACAAGUGCACGCUGGCAAGUAACAUUAAAAAAAUGUAUGAUGAUUUGUGUACCUCGGGGAUUGUUAACGUCCAAAUCAAUAAGUGGAUCACAGUUAGUUUUUGUUUGCCUCAAAAAGUGCACCAGUGGCACUUAAGGGGGAAAAUCGUCGAACCCAAAGAUAUAGACAGAUGUCUCAAAGCUUUAAGACCGUAUCAUAGUUUGUUAUUGCUACACCCAAUGCAACAAAUGGGCGACUUUACCAACUUGGACGGGUCGCCGUCGUUGGAAAGGAUGUUAAAACAAUAUUCACCCAUUAAAAACCUACAAACUUUGGCAGCGGAUGCAGAUUUGACCCUAAAUCACGUUUUCGAACUAACCGCCCACUUGGUAUACUGGGCUAAAGCCACCGUGAUUUUCCCCAUCUGUCUAACCAACAAAUAUGUAAUCUCUCCAGACGCUCCUAUCCAUCUUAACUCACCCCUCAUUGACAAAUUCUCCGAAAGCUUCCCCGCUUCGAAUUUAAUCCGAGUCAUAAGCGACUUCGCCUUACCCACUUCGUUGGGGCAAAAAUGUAACCCUUUGUGCCACCCAGCGCAGCAGUCGCACCUCGUCCAGACCAUAAUCUGGAUGUUGCAGCACCAUUUGCUUCUCCAGCUUCACACCUACAUCCAGUAUAUACCUACGGAUCAUGGGCUGGCUGCCUCCAGGGAGCGCGAUUUGAGACACCGCAGUUUGCAGCGUAGUGUGGUUUUGUCUAGUUCGUACCAGCCGAGUGCGUCCGAGCAUUCGCGAGCCGAGUCCGAGAGUGGUGCGUCGACGGUGUCGGAAACGCCCGAGCUGCGCAGCGAGCUGGACUUGCUUAACAGGAGUAUUAAUUUGGAAAGCGUGAGUUUCACGUCGAUGGAGGACGAGAAACAGGAUUAUCAGGAGGAGUUGUUGUUGGAUUUUCCGGAUGAGGAAAGAGGGAAUAUUUUUAAGAUACCAGCUACGAAUACUCCGGAAGAUUUAAGACUUUUUGCCACGCUGUGUCGGAAGGGGUAUUUUCAUGGAGAUCACCACAUUGAAGAAAUCAUGUACUUGGAAAACUUGAGGAGGAGUCAGUUGUUGCAACUUUUGGAUAAAUUUAGAGAUGUGUUGAUUACCUACGAAACGGAGGAUCCUGCUAUUGCUAUGUUUUCAUAUUCCUAAUUUUUAAACACUGUAACGUUUUAUACUUAAGUUGUAAGUAAAGUGCGGUGAUCACUAAAAGUGAUAAUAAAGUUUUAUAUUUUUGCAUUUAA